AGCAUUGUGGGCUCAAAAGACGAAUUCUUUUACGUAUGUGAGGGCCAAGGGGCCGCUGGAAGUGCCAUGAUGGUGAAUUUACUGGCAAUGGUCACCUUAGUGGUGGUGGAGAGCGCAAUCCCCCCAUGUGCCCAAGUAGGAGUGGCAUACAAGGAUCCUUCAUUGACAAAGAGGAAUGGAGGGAAGCCGUAUGAUGCUCUGGCGUGCCAGAUGUAUUGCGAGACGAAUCCAGAUUGCUCCUUUUUCACCUAUUACGAGGCAUCUAAGGAUUGUUGGCUCCUGGGUACGAAUGCCAUCCGGACGCCCAAUGUGGCUGGAGCGGUGAGUGGUCCGGAGGAUUGCACACAUAUGCUGAAAGGCAGUAACAUUGCGCUUCCAGAGCCGAACCCGUUGCAGAAGUACCCAGAUGUAAAGGUCAUACCUCAGGCACAACGUGUCGUUGCAAGUGAUGAAACGGUGGUCGAUGCUUCGCCACCGAGCUCUGGAUUUCCCAUGAGUUGGGUCUUGUGUGGAGGCGCAUUCGGCCUUUUAGCGGUUGGGCUUGGAGUCUUUUUGUGGUCCAAAUCAGAAGGCUCAAAAGCACGUUCCCAUAGAGCCUCCAGAGGGGUCAAGGUUGAUGAAAUGAAGGAAUGUGGAGACCAUCCCGUUCAGUCGCUUUUGAUGGAGCAAGGUGUGAGACCUCCACAGGGCCUUUCGGUCCAGGGGCCAACUGUGCAAGUUCCACUUCAGCCAAUGUCCUCUAUGGCGCCUAUGGCGGCUUUGCCCAACCCGAUUCUAUCGGCACCAGCCCCUGCAUACUAUGCUGGGAUGAACCAGGUCUACACCCCGCAGUUUGCUCGAUACUAUUGAUAGCCAGAGAAAACAUCGAAUUACGUAGAAGACAUGCAAUGGAAGCGACUAAUGUACCUUCAAACAACAGGGUGAGACCUUUCUGCGAAGGAGCAGACAGACUUCCAAAAUACACCCAAAAGCAUAGAGCAUUGUUGUAGAGACGCAGACAAACAACAGAUUGUCUGACAUCAUUGACCAGGAAUCGCUGGC